AUGCGCCUCUUCCUCCUGCCCGUCUCGACGCGGCGCACCUUCAUGUACGCGCAGCGCCUGCACGUCACCACGUCCCCCUCGGAUCGCAGCUACGUCGAUCGCGGUGCUGCCUGGGCGGCCAAGAAAUGGGCCGAGUGGGAAAAGAAGGAGUCGGGUUGGCAGAGAAAGGUCGUCGACUACGGCAACCACGCCUUCCGGCGCAUCCCUUACGAGGAAUGGGGUCUCAAGUCGGUGCCUCCUCUGUCGGCCCGCCGCCGUGACGACGAGCUGCACGGCAAGGAAAAGGUCGAGCUAGUCUUCCCCGCGAGCGCCAUCGCCGUCGCAAAGGCCGAGCAGCUGGCCCUGCGGCUGGCGAAGGAGAGGCAGGGCCUACACAAGAAGAAGAUGUUGUGGUGCUUUGUGGGGAUGCCCAUUACCAUACCUUUUGCGCUGGUGCCUAUAAUUCCCAACCUGCCCUUCUUCUACCUCGUGUACCGCGCGUGGUCCCACUGGAAAGCCAUAUCGGGCGGCAAGCACGUCCAGUGGCUCGUUGAGAACAAGCUGCUGCAACCCUCGCCCUCCAAGAUCCUCGACAAGCUCUACAGUAGCAAGGACGCCGCGACUGAGACGUCCAGCCGCGAGGAGCUGCUCCUUACUCAGAAGCAAGUUCGUGCCUUCUCUGAGGCACUUGACAUCCCUGCUCUCGAGAUUGAGCUUGAGCGGGCGAUAUGGCAGGUGGAAAAGGCCCUGUCAGACAAGGACAAAAGCAAAGGGAACACAUCGGCCACCGAAAUUUCCAAUUCGGAAGAGUCCCAGGACAAACGACAACCGACGGGACAGGAUAAGGAGAAGAAAUCAUGA